CACGCGAGGGGGAGUAACUCCCACCUUCAAUAUUGUAGCUGUUUUAGUUUCUAGGAAGGAAAGCCGAAACGGAAACGUCUUAAUGUUUAAAAUCGACUCACCAUAAACAGGACCUGUCAACAAUGAUGAAAUUAGCAGAUGUCACAUAAUAGAACUAACGAGAGAAAAUAACAUAAUGCCAUCAGUUCGCCAAAAGAAAAUUGCCUUGUGGACAAGUGCAGUUUGUAUUUGUAUGUAUGUUUUACUAAAAUGUGAAUUCAAAGUUGUGAAGUGGAUGCAGAAUGAUAUUUAUAUAAGGUACUUUUAUUUUUCAACAAAUCUCAGGGAAGAAUGGAUGAAAAACCAAGUGAUGUUUUGUGGUGGAAAAUUCAAUGGCUAUGGGAAUGAGUUUGCUAGAUUACAUGAUGUUGCAGUAAAUGUUCAACAGCCGGGUGAUUUUUUCCUAGAAUGUCCACAUAAUACAUAUCCUGUUUAUACUUUUAAGGAGAUAACCAGCAAAAAUCAUUUGAAUGAUUGGAUAAAAUCAUUAACUCAAAUGAAUACAAAUAUUGUUAGAACGCUCAGGAAAAAUACAACAUUUGCUGUGUUAAGGUAUGAAUAUGCAAAUUUUUUUCACCAAAUUACAGACAUGUAUAAUGUUUUUGUUGUUGCUAAAUUACUGCAUCUUAAUCCUAGUCAGAUGAAUGUUUUGUUCUUUGGACGACAUAAUCCUGGUCACAUUGAUAAAACAUGGGAUACAUUAUUUGGACAGAUUGAAAGAAUAGAGAAGUUUAACCAGCCUGUGUUAUAUAAGGAUCUUAUUUGGGCUGUUUUAGGAUAUAACAGUCCAAUAAACUUUUUCUCACUGGGAUCACUUCCAUUUGUUAAUGAAUUUUCUGGAUAUUUCCUAUCUCAACAUAAAUCCUCAUGGAAAAAAUUAAACUGUGAUAGUGUCUCAAUAUUGUUUAUAUGGAGGCAUGACUACAUUGCCCAUCCAGGAAAUCCCUCAGGUUUAAUUAAAAGAAAGAUAUCAAAUGAAAAUGAAAUUAUCAAAGCGGUAGAGGAUAUCUUUCCGGGUCAUUAUGUUGCAGGUGUACAACUAGAUCAACAUGACAUGACAGAUCAGGUACAAUGGAUAUCACAGACAGACAUUUUGGUUGCAAUGCACGGUGCUGGAAUGACACACACAUUGUUUCUACCAUCUCAUGCUGGUGUCCUAGAAUUAUAUCCAAAUUACUGGCCCAAAACUAACAGGCAUUUUAAAUCAAUGGCUAAAUGGAGAAAACUCCAUUAUUUAAAUUGGCAGAAUAUAAAUCCAACUAAUGAGAAUAGUCGCUUUUACACCUACAUUCCUCCAACAAUUGUGGUACAAAGACUUAUAUCAUUAUACUACAACAUGUGUAAUAGAAAGCCAGAGAACUGGAAAUAAAAACAUAUCUCAAAUUGUGAUACAAAGACUUAUAUCAUUAUACUACAGCAUGUGUUACAGAAAUCCAGAAAACGGGAAAUAAAUAAAACAUAUCUCAUUUUUUAUCAUGUUAAUAGAACAAAUUUGUUAUUUUGAAAUGAUUUUUGUUAUGCUUUACAAUUAGAUUUAUUAUUCAAAACAGUAUAUAUUUUUUACGUAUCCAACCAACCAUUGUAUUUCUUUGUUUAUUAUAAGAUAUUAUUUGAGCAUGCAGUUUUAAAAUUAGUAUCACAUAAUUUAAAAUUAUAAAUAUUGUAGACAAAAUCUACUUUUGAGAUGACUCUGAUGAUAAAAGUGUUAACUUUGUUAGCGUAUAUACUUUAUAAUAUUGGUAUUGCUAUCUGACUUUUUGUUUACGUCAAAAAUAUAUUUAAGAGGUUUA